UGGGUUUAGGAAAAAUGAAAAAACACAAACCCCUCCCUGUCCAAAAAAAGACAGAUGUAGAGGAUGACAAGAGAGAACAUUUAUAAGUUGAAAUCAGAGCAAACGAUAGAGAGGUUUUACAUUUUUUAGUUUAGUAAAGAUUAUGGAUUUGGUUUUCCCUCAAAAUCUAAAACCCAACACUCUCUCUUGGCCAUCAUCAUCAACUCUAUUCCUUCCUUGGAACUCAAAACCAUGGCGUCCACGCACCCUCACCCCUGCCUCCAAGCUUAAACAUGUCAAAAUUCGUAGUGAGUUUGAUGGCAAAGUAAAUGGGGCUCUCUCUAAUGACUUUGACCCCCGCUUUCUCGACAGGCAAAAAGCACUGGAAGCAGCAAUGAAUGAUAUAAAUAGCUCAUUUGGAAAAGGAAGUGUUACAAGAUUAGGCAGUGCUGGUGGUGCUUUGGUUGAAACCUUUCCCAGUGGCUGUUUGACAUUAGACUUUGCCUUAGGUGGUGGCCUUCCCAGAGGGAGAAUUGUAGAGAUAUUUGGGCCAGAAAGUAGUGGAAAAACCACCUUGGCACUCCAUGCAAUCGCAGAAGUGCAGAGGCUGGGAGGGAAUGCAAUGCUUGUUGAUGCAGAGCAUGCUUUUGAUCCAGCAUAUUCUAAAGCAUUGGGAGUGGAUGUAGAAAAUUUGAUUGUUUGCCAACCCGAUCAUGGGGAGAUGGCACUUGAGAUCGCAGAUCGUAUGUGCAGAUCUGGUGCCAUAGAUCUUAUCUGUGUUGAUUCUGUCUCAGCUCUCACUCCACGGGCAGAGAUUGAAGGUGAGAUUGGGAUGCAGCAAAUGGGUUUGCAAGCACGCCUUAUGAGCCAGGCUUUGCGUAAAAUGUCAGGAAAUGCCUCGAAAGCUGGUUGUACUCUCAUUUUUUUGAAUCAAAUAAGAUAUAAGAUUGGUGUGUAUUAUGGAAAUCCAGAAGUGACGAGUGGAGGAAUUGCAUUAAAGUUCUUUGCCUCUGUUCGGCUUGAGAUACGAUCUACUGGGAAGAUAAAGUCUGUUAAAGGAGAUGAAGAAAUUGGGCUUCGGGUACGUGUAAGAGUGCAAAAGAGCAAGGUGUCAAGGCCAUACAAGCAGGCUGAGUUUGAAAUUAUCUUUGGAGAGGGAGUGAGCAAUUUGGGUUGCAUUUUGGACUGUGCUGAGAUGAUGGAUGUUGUGGUAAAGAAGGGCUCUUGGUAUAGCUAUGAGGACCACAGGUUGGGGCAGGGAAGAGACCGAGCAUUACAGUACUUGAAAGACAACCCCAAUCUUCAAGAUGAAAUAGAAAAGAUUGUUCGGUCCAAGAUGGCAGAUACAGGACAAGUAAGCUCUCCACUUGUGAAGAACUUGCCAUUGCCACAUCAAGAGGAAGACAUUUAUGAGGAUAUACAAUGAGAAUGGGCAACUACUACUAAUGACUGAUGCUCUCUAUACUGAAUGACGGAAGAGGUAGUGAUGGAGGUUAAAGGCUGAAACGAAUGUCUUUUCCCUAUGUGCAUCAACUGUAAGCCAGUUAGGUUUGAUCAGUUGAUAUUUUUCCCCAUCUAUCCACUUCCAAAAUGAAAAAGAACACUGAUUUUGGAGGAAAUUGAAAUUGGAAUCUCUAAUUGUUGUAUUAUUGACAAAAGAAAAAGAAAAGAAAA